GGGCUCGAGCGGGAGGCGCUGCUGCGGAGCAGCCGCGCGGUGCCGCUGUGGUGCGCGCUGUGGCGGCAGCACUACUACGUCGCCUGCGAGGUGUCGCUGCCGUGCGGGGGCGAGUGGGAGGCCCUGCAGGGGGAAGGCGGCGACGGCGAAGGCGGGCGGCCGAUCUACUCGCAGUACGCCUCCCUCUCCGGCUGCCAUGCGCGGGAGGAGCCGUGCGUGUUCAACCACCCACUCGAGCUACACUUCGCGCAGAACGCCCCGAGGCGGCCGCCUGGCGACGGCCCACCCGCGGACUCGCUGCCGCCGCGCCUGGUGCUGCAGCUGCUCCAGGUCGACUCCUGGGAGCGGCACUCCCUGCACGGCUACGCCUUUGUGGACAUCCCCCAGCAGCCCGGCGAGCACGAGGUCGAGGCGCGGUUGUGGAGGCCUGUGGGGACCAUCAGGCACCAGCUCGGCGCGAAGCUCUGCGGCACCUUCGUGCCGCUCGCCUCGCCGCACCUGGUGGCCGCCGCGGACGCGCACCGGCGCGACCGCCUGCCGCGGGACCGGUCGUCGCUCCGCGCGGAGUCCGCGGCCGGGGUGCUGCGGCUGCGGCUGCUGGUGCUGCGGCAGGUGCCCAGCGCGGCCGCGGCGCCGUCGCCGCGGCCGCGG